CAAAAGACCUGGACCGAAUCGGGUAAUAUGGUUAUUUUUCGGUACAAAUAUCUGGACACGUUUCAAAUACAUUUGUUAUUCAGAUAUUUUUAGGUUCCUAUACAUCAGAACCGAACUCAUCCAGACUCAGAAGAACCCAACUCAAAACCCACACAUAAAUUUAUAAUUCAAGCAAUGCUUAAUUUCAAAAAAAAAAUGAUACCCGAAAGAAACAAUCCGUACCUAAAUGGAUAGUCAAUGUUCAUGUCUAACUGAUUGUAUAAACUACUAAAAAAGACUCUUUCUAUGUGUUUGGCUAAAUUAAAUGAAAUAGAAAGAAUUUUUUAUUUAGUUAAAUACUUAUGUGGAAUAAAAAAUUAAGUAACAAUAAAUAUAAUACAUUUUUAUGUUAUUAUUUUAUACACAAAAACAUGUUUUUGAAUUAUGUUUUUGGCUACUUAAUUUUUCACCGAUUGAAACUAAAAUAAUAAAAAAUUAGUAAAACAAACUAAACCGAACGUUUAAUCAUAUGUAAAACCCAAUUAUUUUACAUUUUUGAUUUUAUAAUUAGCACAAAGUUAAUGUUGAUUAACUAAUAAAUAAAAAAUCUGCACUAUUAUUAUUAUGGUAAUAUAAUUAAUAAUGUGAUGUAUUGUUGAGCUAAUAUAAUUAAAAAAAUUGUGAAACUGAUUGAAAUAUGGAAAGACAAUUACUGUAGUUAUAUUAAUGAAAUUAUUAAAAUGACACUAUACUUCUUUUUUAUAUUGUUAUCCAUGUUUCCAAAUAAUUCUCAUUUAUACUGCUAUUCAUGUUUCCAAACAAUUUUCAUUUGUAUUACAAUUUUCAUUUAUACUACUUCAGUUUUAAUAAUAUAGAAUUCGAGUUACUAGUUUUAAGAAAGUUAAUUUAUGGGUUGUUAAUAAAUUAAACCCUGCAGAUAUAUAGUUCAAAUAAAAAAUCAUUCUACCGUUGUUAUGAGUAAACUUAAUUAAUAAUGAUUCAUGCAAUAUAUUGAAAAUUCAAGCUAUGAAACAAGGAAUUUACUUUCAUACUGUGCUGAAUGUAUGUCUGGAUGAUUCGACUGCAACCAUGCAUGCACUGAGCACGAGCUCGUCACGUGUUAUUUUGUGCUCGUCGCAAUCGUAUAAAGUAGAUAUAAACCUGAGUCACAAUUAGUACGUAUCUGCUUAAUCAGCUAAACUUAAAUAAAGGAUUAGAGUAACGUUUCGGAGAGUUGACGAACAGAAGUUGCAGAACUAUCUAAAAGACGCAUGGGGUUGACUUCCACCGCUCGACAAACGGCAUGAAAAUUGCGGUUAUGGAACUCCCCUCUUCAGUCGAUGGAUGUGAAUAUGUGAUACGAUUUAGAUGCACAUUACUAAAAACCAUCUAAAUAUAUCAAAGUAUGAUUCAGUUUUUGGAUUGCUGGUUAUUUUGGUUCAGAAGUGAAGCAGAUGCAGCAGCUCCAGAGGCUACACCUGCGGAUGGGCCCCAUUCGAUUAUUGUAUAUACCCAUUUUUAUGGUGAAACCGAAUAAUUGCGUAUUGGUCGGUUACAUGAGCGCUAUAAACAAUAAUUCAUGCACAUGAGCUCAUCUCUAAAAACAUUUUUUUUUCUGGUCAUCUCUAAAAACAUUCUUCCAUUAAUUAUAAUUAUAUUUGCUUAAAGAAAAAUUUCCCGAAAUUAUAUACGAACACAGAUUUGUAUGAUGAAGAAAAAUAACUACACAUGCUUGUUACAACUAAUCCUCGUUAAGCAAAAAAAAAAAUCAAGCUAAUUAAAAAUAAAAAGGUACGACGACAAGAAAAGAGAAAAAACCCACAAAAUUACUAUAUUAUCUUUUCACGGAAAUGCUUGAACUUCGUUAUUUAAGCAAGUGACUAACAUAGAUAUAAAUAUUAUGUUACACAUAUUUUGGGAAACUAUAAGAAUGGGGUUAGCUUGAAAGAGCUAUAACUAAAAUUUAAAAAGUAAUAUUAAAUCUUACAAUUUUUUAAGAAUUCUCGUUAGUAUAUCCUACGUAUAUAUGUGUAUAUAUAUUUAUACCUGCAGUUUUAUUAUUUAUAAAACUCAAUAUCUGAUAAGCAUUAGUAAAUCUACAGCUUUUUUUAUAAAUCUUGUAAACUAUGGUAUAGUCUUGAACUAUAAAUAGCGCUUCAAACUUCAAAGGAUUCAAAAAAAAAAAAGUAUUACAUCUCAAUAUAUAUAUUUUAUAAGUUUCUUGGUAAGUAUCCCCUUUUGAAAUAUUGAUUAAUUUGUUUUCACACUCCACAUAGCAACAAAUCCUCAUCAUCAAUGACAACAAAUGGCAUGAAAACAACAGGCACAUUACUAUAUAACUUGACUCAUCUAGUAAGUCCAAAGCACCUAAACAUUAAAACAAUCCAAACACACAAAACUCCAAGAGAAAACAAAGAUGGCUUCAACUCCAACAGUUCUCAUCAAAACAAUCUUCCUCGUACUCAUCUUUGUCUCUUUUACCAUCUCUCCAGCCACUUCAACUGCGCCGGAAGACUGCGCAAGCGAGUCAGCGAACCCAUGCGUCAACAAGGCUAAAGCAUUGCCUCUCAAAGUCAUAGCAAUCGCUGCAAUCCUCGUCGCAAGCAUGAUUGGUGUUGGAUUACCUCUCUUUAGCCGGAACGUGACGUUCCUUCAACCCGACGGGAACAUUUUCACUAUCGUUAAGUGCUUCGCCUCCGGGAUCAUCCUUGGAACUGGUUUUAUGCACGUUUUGCCUGAUUCUUUCGAGAUGUUGUCAUCACAAUGCCUUAAAGAGAACCCAUGGCACAAAUUUCCUUUCUCGGGGUUUCUAGCUAUGCUGUCAGGUCUAAUUACUCUUGUCAUUGAUUCCAUGGCUACGAGCCUAUACACUAGCAAGCAUGCAGCUGGGAUCGUACCCCAUGGUCAUGGUCACGGCCCCGGAAAUGAUGUUACCUUACCAACAAAAGAUGGCGAUUCCGGGAGUGCACAACUCUUGCGAUAUCGAGUCAUUGCUAUGGUACUGGAACUUGGAAUCAUAGUUCACUCUGUAGUCAUUGGACUAUCUCUAGGAGCAACAAGUGACAUUUGCACCAUUAAAGGACUCAUCGCAGCUCUUUGCUUCCAUCAAAUGUUCGAAGGCAUGGGUCUUGGUGGUUGCAUUCUCCAGGCUGAGUAUACGAACAUGAAAAAGUUUCUCAUGGCGUUCUUUUUUGCGAUAACAACACCAUUUGGAAUAGCGUUAGGGAUAGCUCUUUCGACCGUUUACAGAGACAAUAGCCCAAGUGCAUUGAUCACUGUUGGAUUGCUCGAUGCAUGCUCGGCCGGAUUGCUCAUCUACAUGGCGCUUGUCGACCUUCUUGCGGCAGAGUUCAUGGGACCAAAGCUUCAAGGUAGCGUCAAGAUGCAGAUCAAGUGUUUCAUCGCGGCUCUUCUAGGGUGCGGCGGCAUGUCCGUCAUUGCCAAAUGGGCUUAAAGGACUUCCUCGGAUAGUACUGCAGAAUUUGAAGUCAUGUGGAUUUCGUUGUGGAACUCAAAACCUUAUUAGGUUUAAGCCCGACUCUUUAUCGUGUUUUCCCUUUUACAAGAUAUAUUUACGUGGUAUCUAUCAUAUUUAAUGUCUUUUAAUAUCUAUGUAUUGUGAUUGGUUCAACGAGUAUUUCCCA